AUGGCAAGUGUGGAGGAACACAAAGCUCCCAUGACGAACGUCGACAGCGACCCCUCCCUUUCGGAGAGGGGUGAGCCCAACCAUCUGGUUUCUGAGAAAGAUGGAACCAGCGCCGAUGUGCAGGACAUGGCUCGUAUGGGCAAGCGACAAGAGACACGACGAAACUUCAGACAGGUGACCAUCCUUGGCUUCACUAUGGUUGUUUUGUCGUCUUGGGAAGCCAUCCUGGCUACCUCUGUGUUCGCUCUAGGUAAUGGUGGAACCGCCGGUCUUAUUUGGGGUUACUUCAUCAUUUUCAUUGGUUUUGGCUUCGUUACUGCUUCCCUGGCCGAGAUGGCAUCCAUGGCUCCCACCUCUGGUGGACAGUACCACUGGGUUUCCGAGUUUGCACCACGCAGCUGCCAAAAGUUCAUCAGUUACAUCGUUGGAUGGCUGGGAGUCUUGGGCUGGCAAUCCGCUGCCGCCAUCACCAUAUAUCUUUCCAGCAACCAGAUCGUCGGUCUUAUCAUCAUGCACAAUCCUAGCUACAUCCCGAAAACAUGGCACGGCAUGAUGGUCAUGUGGGCUAUCCUCAUGGUCUGCUACCUCUUCAACACUUUUUUCUCCAGGAAGCUGCCGCUAGUCGAAGGUCUUAUCGUUAUACUCCACGUUGCUGGAUUUUUCGCCGUCAUCAUCCCUCUCUGGGUCAUGGCUGACCGCAGCUCCGCCUCCGACAACUUCACGCUCUUCGUCGAUAACAUGGGAUGGAACAACGUGCCUCUGUCGACCUUCAUUGGUCUGGUUGGCGCUGCCAGCUGCUUUGUCGGUGUCGAGUCCGGUGCACACAUGUCUGAGGAAGUCCGCAAUGCUUCCGAGGUCAUUCCUCGUGCUAUGAUGUGGACCUGGCUCGGUAACGGCCUGUUCGGUUGGAUCAUGGCUAUCACCUUCUGCUUUUGUGUGACAGACACCAUGUCCAUCCUUACGACACCCCUCGGAGUCGGUUUCAUGCAAGUCUUCCUCAACACCACUGGAUCCACAACCGGCGCUACCGUCUUGACCGUCAUGAUGCUUACUAUCGGUGUCUUCGCCUGCGUUGCCGUAAUGGCCACCAACUCGCGCCAGCUCUUCUCCUUCGCCCGUGACAAGGGCCUCCCUUUCUCCUCCGUCCUCGGCCAGGUGUCGCCUCGCUUCGAGAUUCCCAUCAACGCCGUCUACGUGACCGUUGCGUUCGUCACGAUCCUCUCGCUCGUCCAACUCGGAUCUACCGUGGCGUACAUGCAGAUCGUCUCCCUCGGUACCGCAUCCAUGAUCACAACUUACAUCAUCUCCAUCUCCUGCAUGGCCCUCAAGCGCAUCCGUGGCGAGCCUCUUCUCCCCUCCAAGUUCGAUUUGGGCAAAGCUGGGCUGGCCGUCAACAUUAUUGCAUUGAUCUUCCUCAUUGUCCUUUGGAUCUUCGCCUUCUGGCCUACCUCGCCCAAUCCGACCGUGGAAACAAUGAACUGGGCCGUCUUGGGAUACGGUAUCGUCAUCAUCUUCGCCGCUGUGUACUACUUCAUUCGCGGCCGCCACACAUAUUCCGGCCCUGUCGAAUACGUCCGCAAAAGUGCGUAG